ACCGAUCACCACUAUCAGUCGCGGGUAGCAGUUCGGCCCCGAAGGCAGACCGCGUGCGUCGUGUGAUCGAUCCCGUGUGAACCGUGGGUGGCAAAAAAAUGGCAUUUCACCUUUUUUUAAGGCUACUUUCAUUCAUCUUUUGGUGUGGCUUAAUUACGGUUCGCCCGGCCAGUGCACUGCCGGCAGGACCCGGAAUCGAAAUUCUGCCGGCCCAGUUCUCAAAGAACGGCCAGCUAGACUACGUGGUGGUGAAUGAGAAUGAAGAAACGAACUUUCUGGAACAGCAGCCAGUCCCGGUGCGAGAGCCUCAGCGGCAAGCUGAGUACGUGGUACCCCAGCUACAAGAGCGGCCGUUACAAAUCCAGCAGCGGGUGCAAUCGGUACCGCAGGUUCAAUAUCAGCAACCAGUUACACAGCCCCCUCAGGUUCAGUAUCAGCAACCUCAGGUCCAAUACCAGCAACCACAGGUGCAAUAUCAGCAACCCGCUGUCCAACAGCCUCAGGUUCAGUAUCAGCAACCCGCUGCUGCCCAACAACCGCAGUACCAGUACUACCAGCAGCCGCAAUAUACGUACCAACAACCUCAGUCGCAACCUUACUACCAAUCCGCAUACCAGCAGCAGCAGCAACCUUCCUACGCCCAAUACCAACAACCGUCGUACUAUUACUCCGGAGCGCCCCAAAGCUCCGGCCAAUACUAUUCGACCCCACCGGAAAGAGGUGGAAGCCGAUAUUCUGACCCUCUAUCUAGCCUGCUCGGAUUGUCAGGAUUGUCACGAACUUCGAUGACACUGGCUGCGGCCGGCUCAUCCUUGCUGCGUGCAACGUCGCAGCUGUUCGGAUGAGGGCAGCAUACAUCCGGUGCAGUCGUAGGCACACCAAAAUAAAGAAGAAGGAACGGGUUUUCAGCUUUUGCAAACUUUUCCAAACCAAAAUGCGCUACAAAAGAAAAGCAAACAGAAAUUAUUAUUUAAAGCAAAGAAAGAAAAGUGCGGGCGGUACAGUGCUAUAAAGUACAAAAUUAAUUAACUAAUUACCUCAUUUAUUUUUACUCUCUUUUUUCUGUGUGUUGUGAUGGCAAAAUAUGUCCGCGCU